AUGCGCACGCGUAUUUGGGAAGAUGCUGCCGCCAUGAGCAUCGUGAGCGUUCUAGGCUUCAUUAUGAACGAAGAAGGUGAAGUCGUUGGAUCAGAACGCACGCAGGUGCUGUGUAAGCUCAUGCCAUCCAUUCAUACACUAUCACAUCGCGCGAUCCUUGCCUUACUCGUAACACAACUCAGCGAUGCUGAUUCCCAAGUAUUUUACGCGGAGGGUGGACUAAAAAUAUUAAAUGAGUGGCUACUGGACGGCGUCAGCCGACGGGAAUCGGGAAUGUCGAUGGAAAAGAAGCGCAUUGAAAUGUUUUCUCAAGUGCGAGCACUGUUGCGGAUUCUUGACGUGAAUAUUCAGACAGACGCACAAAGGAAGCAGAAUUCGUAUCUCACAGGAACGUUUGUAAAAGUAAUUUCAAUUCUUGAGAAUGCGGGGCCAGAUUACGCCGCUGAAUGGAGUCGACUUAACAUUUAUCGUCGUCAUUUUGAAAGCUCUUGUGGCGUGCCCUCUUCAGUCAACGAUGGGCGCAGUGACUUUCGACGAACAGUUAACAAUCACAUGAAUGACAAUAACUCUCGCAGCACCAAAGUCACUGCUGAAAAAUCGAUUCAGCGCCCCUGCACGUCUGAAACUUUAUCUUCUUCCACUUCGACGAGUGAUAUACCGUCUCGAAAACCCGUUGCUGUAGAUAAAUCUACCGUAUUGACCUCCACGGCUCCAUCCUCGAAAAGUAGUACUAGUAGCCAACGUAUCCCACCUUCAUCAGUAUUGCAGUAUCAACCGAAAUCAUUUUUGCAAAGAGAUACUGGUCUCAGCAAGCCCAAUCAGACCUUAAGUGCUUCUCUCGAAAACAAAAUCCGAGGGAAUGGACACAAUAUGCAGUAUGGAGAGCGGUCGCCGUGCAGAAAGUGCAAGCGAAUGGCAUCAAAGCGAUGCACCAAUUGUGAGUAUUGUGCAAAAUGUGGUCAAAAGGACAAAUGUGAAUUUAAAAACGUGUCACCGGCAAGCCAGUCAUCCAACGGUAAUAGCAACGGCAAGAAUGUGGUUGGUUCGAGCAUAAGUGGCAAGUCGCUAUCAGUAAAGGACCGCAAUGUACAAGUUCUUGGCUCAGUGAUGGAUGCCGCUAUUUAUCAUGCCUUUCGUCAAGAAGAUUUUCACUCAGUCUUCAGCCUUAUUCAGAAUGGCAUGGACGUCAAUUUUCAGCGAGUUGAGUCGGAUCUCUCGUCAGCUUUGAUGGCGGCUGCGCAUCAUGGCCGUGAUGACGCUGCAGCCAAGCUGCUGAGCUUAGGUGCGAAUCCUUGCCUUGAAGAUCGUACUGGCAACAAAGCAUGGAAUUUUGCUGAGCGACGAGGACAUACAGAACUCAAGGAAAAGCUUAAGAAAAGCUGUGAGGAGUGGGAAUCCAAGCAUAAAGACGGAGAUGCCGAAUUACAGUCCUAA